AUGCCUCGCUCUGCACUGGACCCAGGAGAGUAUGUCGUUGAAGAUGACUCUCUCUCCUCUCCUCACCACAAAGGAGCUGACCACAGACUUGGAACAGACAUCGCCGCCUUUGACGACGAUCCCACCAAGUUGAUCACCUACAGGGCUUGUGACGACGGACUUUUCCGCGCUGCCGUCAGCCAUCGUGGCGCUUCCAGCACUUGCAGACGCCCUGGAGAGUGGCAGCCAUACUACGACACCAUCAUUAAAGCAGCCAACUGCAGUACCGGCAAGGUUACCUUGACACGUCUUCGGAUGGUCCCAACAGAUACCGUUCAUACCAUCUUCGACAACGACACCAUAAUGCCGAUGCGUACUCUGGCUAGUCUACGCCACGGCCAUUUCGUCAAGGCCCCUUACCUCACCGGCGGCAAUAUGGAUGAGGGAACGAGCUUCGCUAUGGCCGGCAUCAACACUACCAGAGAGGCCUGGGGUGUUGCCAAUGCCACUGCCCAAGUCUGUUACCGUACCGUAUUAGGAUAUUCUAGAGAUCGGCGUUCUCACGGUGCUACAUUCUACAGCUAUCUUUUCAACACCACCAGCAACGGAGUUAGUCCGAAUGUCGGACCAAAUCAUGGAUCAGAAGUACCCUAUGUGUUUUACAAUGUGCAGGGCAAGGGCUAUGCUGCCGGAAAGGAGCCCGUGGCAAAUGUGCCCGAGAGAUACAUAGAGCUCGCAGACGUGAUGUCGACGAUGGGGUCACUUUUGUGA